AUGGUUUUUAACCUGACAUCCGAUAACCUUAAAUCAGAAACUAACUCAGAAGCUAAGAAGGAAGGUAUUAAGUAUAUAACAGAAUCAGUAUUAUCAUUCUUAAGGGAGAAAAAGACAGCUACUUAUCAAGAGAUAGUAGUAGCUAUAGAUGCUAGAAACAAUAAUACUAAGAUCAGGCGAAUCUAUGAUGUACUCAAUGUACUAAGAGCUGUAAAUGUUAUAGGCAAACAUGAUAAGAGUUAUUACAUGAUUAGUGCUUCUAUUGACCUAACUAAAAAGAAACAAGAGAUGGAAAAAUUGAGAGACAUGAGGGAUGCAUUUGUUUACAUUAUUGAUCGUAACAGAUUAAAGCACUCUCCUCAGAGUCAGAGACUCUAUUUACCAUUCAUGGUUGUGUAUACUGAGAAACAAUCUGAAAUUCAUUGCUAUACAGAUGGAAGUCGUGAAUAUUUUAAUUUUACUUCUGAUCGUCCAUUAAGAACUAUUUGUGAUUUAGAUAUUAUUAACAAGAUUAAAGAACAAAAAGAUAAACAAAUAGAAUCAUCAAAUAAAAUUUAA